AUGUCCAAGGGGCUUCUCCUCCUCUGGCUGGUGAUGGAACUCUGGUUGCUUUAUCUGACACCAGCUGCCUCCGAGGAUACAAUAAUAGGGUUUUUGGGCCAGUCGGUGACUUUACCUUGUCAGUACUCAUCCUGGUCCCAGAGCCGCAACAGCAUGUGCUGGGGCAGAGGUUCAUGUCCCAGUUCGAAGUGCAAUGGAGAGCUUCUUCGUACAGACGGAACAAGGACCAUCUCCAGGAAGUCAGGAAAAUACACACUUUGGGGGAGUAUCCGGUUAGGUGAUGUGUCCUUGACCAUCUCAAACACCAAUCAAGGUGACAGUGGGGUGUACUGCUGCCGUAUAGAGGUGCCUGGCUGGUUCAAUGAUGUCAAGAAGACAGUGCGCCUGGAGCUGAGGAGAGCCACAACAACCAAAAGACCCACAACAACCACCCGGCCAACCACCCGGCCAACCACCCAGCCAACCACCCGGCCAACCACCCGGCCAACCACUCGACCAACCACCGGGCCAACCACCACCCCUUACUUGACCACUACCCCAGAGCCGCUUCCGACAACAGUCAGGACCACACCUGAUCCCACAACCACGGCCCGGCCCCAGACACUGGCUUCCACUGUAGUGGGUACAGCAGUAACCAUGUACCCCUCAACAAUGCCUGGCUCCUUCUCACAAGAAACCACAAGUUUUUCAACCACAGAGAUCUUCACGAAAGGGUCUGCCAUCACUGCAGAAUCAGAAACUCUUUCUGCAUUCAACAACUCUCAAAGAAGUGGGAUGACCAUAUCUACAGACACAGCCUUAGUCAGACCCACAGGGUCCAAGGCUUGGAUUCUCUCAUCAACUUCACAGCUGAUGACACAGAAAACAACAACGACGAGGAGAGAGUCUUCGCAGAAGACAGGUCAAUUAUAUAAGAUCGAUGACAGACAGACCAACAUCUUGAUCAUCGCCUGCUGUGUGGGGUUUGUGCUGAUGGUGUUCUUGUUUGUGGCGUUUCUCCUUCGAGGAAAAGUCACAGAAGCCAAUUGUUUGCGGAGACACAGGAGGCCAGACAACACCGAAGAUAGUAAGAGUGUCCUCAAUGACAUGUCACAAGGGAGGGAUGAUGAAGACGGGAUCUUCACUCUCUGA